AUGGGUGGCCUUACGCACCUCAUCGUAUUCGUCUCCAUGUUUGCCGCAAUAACUCUGAUAUCAGAAGCCCAAUACAUUCUCCCGAUCUUCAAAGACGAACCCUCCAAACAAUAUCACACAAUUGUCUUCACCGGAUCCGCCACGUCGUCGUCUCCCGUUAACCUCCUCCUCGAUCUCGGAACCAACCUCCCCUGGCUCAACUGCCGCAACAUCAAAUCUUUAUCGUCCCUCCGCGUCGUCACUUGCCAGAGCUCCACAUGCAAAUCCAUCCCCGGCAACGCCUGCGACGGGAAACACUGCCUUUACCGUGAACCAAACCCUUUCCUCACAAACCACACUGUGACCAAAACCGACCGUGUCGUUCAAGACAAAGCCACAAUCUUCACUACAGUGAACGGACAGCCACCCUCCCUUGUCUCUUUCAGCCCCUUCAUGUUCUCCUGUGCCGUCAAGAAAAACCUCCAAGGCCUUGCCUCCCCGAUCGCCGGAGUUCUUGGUCUUUCUCCGGGAGAGUUUCCGUUCUGGAGACAGGUGACGUCAGCGUUUAACGUCGUCCCGAAGUUUGCUCUCUGCUUGCCUUCUUCCAACAUCGGUAAAUUCUAUAUGGGCAGCACAAGUUCCUUUAAUACCCCGCUGUUCGGUGGAAAUAAUCCAGUUCCGAUGACUAUGACGCCGUUGAAAAUUGCAUCGGGAAAAUAUCUAAUCUCCGUCGAGUCAAUCUACGUUGACGGAGUUCCUUUGCCGUUGAACCCAAGUUUGCUUGAGGGUGGAGCCAAGCUCAGCACGGUGGUUCCAUACACCGUACUACAAACUGAUAUCUACAAUGCUCUUGCUCAGUCUUUUACGCUUAAAGCAACGAAAAUAGGAAUGACUGAGACCACAGGACAUGCGCCAUUUAAACACUGUUAUGAAGAAGGCGCUUCCGGGAAAAACAUGGAUGUGUCGGUGAUGGAGAUUGGGCUGCCAGGGAAUGGAAGGGAGGUGAAGUGGAGGUUUCAAGGUGCGAAUAUGGUAGAGAGAGUGUCAGAGACGGUGAUUUGUUUGGCGUUUGUCGACGGAGGAAAGAAUCCUAAUGAGUCCAUGGUCAUUGGGACACAGCAACUUCAAGAAUAUUUGAUCGAAUUCGAUUUUAGCACCACGCGAAUGGCUUUUAGCGACCCACUUGUGCUCCAUAACACUAGCUGCUCUAGGUAG